UCCAAGUCCAUUCACGUUCCUGGGAGCUCAGUCCCUGACAAGCUACAGCGUUCUGGUUUCAAGGGGAUUUUUUGAGGAGGCUGGAGGACCGCUUCAGCCCCUCAACGCCACUUUGUGGACCCCGACAUCACGCAGACGGCUUUUGGCCAGUGUCGGUGCCCAGCCAGUGAAGAGGGAGCAAUGCCUGUCCCUGCUGGAUACAUUAGCGACUCCCAGUGUGCGGCCUUCGCAUCCUCGGCCUCGCUUAUCCCUCCGCCCCCGAUCAACACCCGACAGCCCGGUGUUGUCACCUCGCUGUUGUAUAGUGGCUCCAAGUUCAGGGGGCACCAAAAAAGCAAAGGGAACUCGUACGACGUUGAAGUAGUGUUACAGCAUGUUACCAUGGAGGACUCUUACCUCUGUGGUUACCUGAAAAUAAAAGGACUAACAGAGGAAUACCCAACUCUAACCACGUUUUUCGCUGGAGAGAUCAUCAGCAGAAAACGGCCAUUCCUCACCCGGAAGUGGGAUGCAGAUGAGGAUGUGGAUCGUAAACAUUGGGGCAAGUUCCAGGCUUUCUACCAGUAUGCAAAGACGUUCAACUCGGAUGAUUUUGACUAUGACGAUCUUAAAAACUCAGACUACAUUUUCAUGAGGUGGAAGGAGCAGUUCCUGGUCCCAGACCACACAAUCAAAGACAUUAGCGGUGCUUCCUUUGCUGGAUUUUACUACAUUUGCUUUCAGAAAUCCACAGCAACGAUCGAGGGCUACUACUACCACAGGAGCUCUGAAUGGUACCAAUCUCUGAAUCUUACCCACGUCUCCGAGCACAGUGCUGGCAUCUAUGAGUUCCGGUGACCUCGGCUUGCAUCGUGGAUCUUUUGUUUGAUGGACUUGAAGCGAAGCAGAGGUCUGCAGAUGCUACUGACACUGGAAAAGGACAUCAAAAACUCUUUAGAAGACGCGCCAAGCGCACAUGCUUGUCAGUUGGACGAACAGAGGACAUUUGAAUGUAUGUGUUAUGGAUGAUCUUUUAAAAGAAAAAGAAAAAAAAGGAAAUGCAAUUGUGCUCCCUGGCUGGAGCUUCUUAUGUCAGAACCAGAGUCGCAAACCCGGAUGUGGUUCUUACCCGCCGUCUUAUGUUUAAAGUUCUGACUUAUGUUUUCUAAUACUUGGCACACUUCCUCAAGACACUUUAUAAGCUAAGUUGGGACAGUCGCUUUCUCAAAGCUAAGUGCAUAUAGGCAUUUGACUAGGCUGGGACAAGGAUUCCUAACGGGGGUCUGCUUGGCUCAAUAAGAAACAAGAAAGAACCGGGACUCUUCAGGUUUAAGGAAUGGAGCUUUAUUAAGCCCGUAAGCUUGACACGGCAGUAUAUACAGUAUUUCAUUGAUGCUGGUCCUUUGUUUCUCUAUCAAAAGGAUAUUUUUGAAAUUUUUAUCGGAAAAGAUGGGCACUUUGCGGGACUCUCAUGCCCCCUCACCCUUCAUGUGGCUGACAUGCAAAACAAGCAACUUCCCUUCCCUUGUGUCCACCAUAUUUGCUUUUAAUCAGAAGUAAUUGCCGUGGAUGUCGUUAUAUUGUUACAUUUGCACAAAGAGGAAUUACAGUACUUGUUAUGAAAGCUCACAUGCCCUAGUACACAAGCUCAAAGCUGUAUGAUGGAGAAAAAUAAUUUUAGCUACUUUAAAAGUGUUUUAAGUUUUUGGGGCGAUGAGAGACAAGUCAAUCACGUUUAAGUAUUAUGACAGAGUAUUUUUUACCCAGCUCUGUGGUCUGCAUUAUAGAGCUUUGUAUGUGUCACUUUUAACUUAUGAACCCCCUCCCAAUCUUUUCCAUCGACGUCUCUGACUAUGCAACAUGUUCAACAUAGCACUCUCCCAACAUCAAGCCUCCAUUUUCAGAGAUUUUAUUCUAUCCUUGAGUAUAUAAAACGAAAUAUAAUAAUCUUAUCUUCAUUAAAAGGAAAUAUUUUUGUUAAAAUACCAAUGAAGUCCCGAAUCAUGUUCCCCCGUCAUGUGACUGUGCCAUGUUUUUAAAGUUUAUCAGAGUUGUUUUACAACAGAUUAAGAUGUGUUUGCUUGAGAUUGAUAAAUUGGAUUGAUUGUAUUGAAUGGACGGCGGAUUUGAAAAAGAAAUCAUAUCAAAAACAACCCUGUGUUCUAUGUGCGUGAUUUUACAACUCUUUAAAAUGAGGGCUCAAAAUGACUGAUGCUAAUCCUGCACAACUAGAAUAGCAUCAGAAUUAGAGGUCGACAGAUAUAUUGGCCGGCCGAUAUAUCGGGUCCAAUAUAUAGAUUUUUUUCCGACAUUGGCAGAUUUACAAAAAAAUCUCCUGAUUUACAAAAAAAUUAGCCGAUUAAAAAAGGAUUUUGAUCAGGCAUCUGUGUGAACAACUGCCGCUGACGGAUGGUGGGACCCCGGAAGGACCCCCGCAGCAGCUUGAAGGAAGUCAGGCUUGCCUGUUGUGUUAAUAUUGUAAGAAGAGAACAUGCAAUUUUGCUUCAGCCUUUUAAGGCGUUUACCGAUUGAUCCUUUCACUCUAAAUGUAACUUGUAGCGUGUUGUCACUAACGCGUUACUGUAAUAUGAUUACUUUCUUUCAGUAACGAGUAAUUUAACA